UAACUUCAUAUCUUUUAGAACAAUGGCUGUUAGGCAACUACGUGCAGCUUUUGCAUAUUUCAGUCCGAUCAAGGAAAGAUCGGGUUUGUCAUUUAUUCGAUCAAGGUUUUCUAGCUUGAGCGAGGCGAGUCGAGAAGUUCGCGUUGAUUAUCUGGAUGGAGAUAGAGAAGGCAUUGCUGUCGUGGCUAUGAACAGACCUUCGAGGAAGAAUGCACUGGGACGAGUGUUUGUAUCCCAGUUGAUGACAAAAAAUGUUGGGUUUAAGUGUGUACUGUACACAUGGUCUGGAGCAAUAGCUCAGGAAGGGAAAGCUGUGGCAAGAUGCGUGUCAUAUUGGAUUUUGAGUAAAGUGUAUAUGUAAUUAUAUGUAUUGUAUUGUAUUGUACUA